UAAAUUCCUGUCCAUCAUAAGUCAUAACACACGCUGCAACCUGUAAGCUUGCCCAAGUUUCUCAGUCUCAUAUUCAAACCAUUUUCUUGCCAUGGCACAGGCACCACCCACCUCUCUAGUGUUCAAAGUACAAAGGUGUAAACCAGAACUGGUUGCUCCUGCAAAGCCCACACCUUAUGAAUUCAAACAACUCUCCGAUAUUGAUGACCAAGAGGGUCUUCGAUUUCAAAUCAACACCAUACAUUUCUAUAAACAUGAUUCCUCAAUAUUGCAAGAGAUUAGAGACCCAGUGAAAGUCAUCAGAGAAGCACUUGCACAAACACUAGUGUUUUACUACCCAUUUGCUGGUAGGCUUAGGGAAGGACAUGGCCGAAAGCUUGUAGUAGAAUGUACCGGUGAGGGUGUCAUGUUUAUUGAGGCCAACGCCGAUAUUACGCUUGAACAGUUUGGUGACGUACUUCAUCCUCCAUUCCCAUGCUUGGAGGAGCUCCUUUUUGAUGUUCCCAGCUCUGGGGGCAUCCUUCAUUGCCCAUUAUUGCUUAUCCAGGUGACGCGUCUCAAGUGUGGCGGUUUCAUCUUUGCCCUUCGCCUAAACCACACCAUGAGUGACGGCGUUGGAUUGGUGCAAUUCAUGAUGGCCAUGGGCGAGAUGGCACGUGGUGCAUGUGCCCCCUCCAUCUUACCCGUGUGGCAGAGACAUCUCCUUCAAGCAAGAGAUCCAACUCAAGUGACAUGCACGCACCGUGAGUACGAUGACAUGGCCUCCACCGUUGUUGUCCCAAUCCCACUCAACGAUGACAUGGCCCAUCGUACCAUUUUCUUUGGCUCAAAAGAGGUCUCUGCCCUCCGGAGAUUCAUGCCACAUCACUUGAAACAAUGCUCAACCUUUGAGUUGCUCACCGCAUGCCUCUGGCGUUGCCGUACCAUAGCUCUCCAGACAAACCCCCAAGAAGAGGUUCGUUUGUUGUGCGUUGUCAAUGCACGUGACAAAUUUAACCCUCCUUUACCCAACGGUUAUUACGGUAACGUUUGUGUGUUCUGUGUGGCACUCACAACAGCAGGAAAGCUUUGUAAAAAUCCAUUGGGUUACGCUGUGGAAUUGCUGAAGAAGGCAAAAAAGAAUGUAACAGAGGAGUACUUGCGGUCGAUGAUUGAUCUUAUGAUAAUUAAGGGUAAGCCUCACUUCUAUGUGGUUGGGUCGUAUCUUGUGUCGGAUGUGACACGUGCUAGAUUUGGAGAGGUGGACUUUGGGUGGGGUAAACCAUUUUAUGGUGGGCCUGCAAUGGGUGAGGGGAGGGCCAUACCCGGAGUGGCUAGUUUCUAUAUUCCUAGUAAGAAUAGUAAAGGAGAGAAUGGGAUAAUAAUGCCAAUUUCCCUGCCAGUCCAAGCCAUGGAAAGAUUUGAAAACCAGUUGAAUAUAUUGAUUGUUGAAGGACAAACUAGUCACUUAUAAGAAUUCAUUGCUCAAGCAUUUGAACCAAAUUUACUAAGAGUAGAUAUCUUAAUUUGUGCAUGUGCCUUAAGUUUGAAUUUUAUAUCCAUUAGUUUUUUUAAGGAAUCGAGUAACUUUCGUCCUAAAAAGGGUAGAUUCCAUUAACUUAUGAUGAGACUUAAAUUAAUGUCAAUUAGGUCUAAGACAUUGAUUUGGGCCCUAAACCCAACUUACUCCCUAUACAUUAUUAAGUUCAUUAGUUAUUUUUCUCCUCUCUUAGGGAUCAAAUUGGAUUAAGGGUUCAAAUUGAUUAAUUUUGAAAUGUUUUGGAUUUGUUUCGCAUUAACCCAAACCUAAAAGUCAGUUAAUGAAAUUUAUCCUAAUAUUUAAAUAUUUAUUA